CUGAGAUCCUUGACGAGCGGUACUAGUAACAACUCUUUUCUCUUGGAAAAUCAAAAAUCGAUGGCGAACCUGAGAAUCAGUACUCUCUGUCUCUUCUUCUUGUUGUCUGUGUCGACAUUAGGGAGUUGUUUAGGAGAUGGAGUAUUCAUUGUUGCUCACAAGAAAGUGAGUCUUAACAAGCUUAGAUCUGGUAUGGAACGAGUUUCUGUUACUAUCGACAUUUACAAUCGUGGAUCUGAGACUGCAUAUGAUGUAAGUCUUACUGAUGAUAGCUGGCCUCAUCAUAUCUUUGAUAUUGCUAAAGGCAACUUUUCCAAAUCAUGGGAAAGUCUCGAUGCUGGCUCUGCUGUUUCUCACUCUUUUGAUUUGGUUUCCCAAGUCAAAGGGAUAUUCAAUGGUGAAUCUGCGAUUAUUAAAUUCCGUGUGCCCACGAAGGCAGCUCUACAGGUGGCUUACUCGAAUCCGAUGCUACCUUUGGAUAUCCUUGCUGACAGACCAGCAGAAAAGAAAAUUGACUUGGCAAAGAGGUUGUUGACAAAAUAUGGGUCACUCGUUACCGUGAUCUCCGUGGUGGUAACGUUUGUAUACCUUGUUGCCACUCCAUCAAAAUCUGGAGGUGCUAAGUCGGGCAAGAAAAGACGUUGAACCAUCGUAAAACGAGGAUUCUUCAUGAAAGUCUGCAAUUGGAGAUGGGGAUUUCUACAAUUGAAGGCAUACUGUUGAAUUGUGAGUUGAUGAAAGAGCAUUUCGAGAUGAAGAGUUGGGAGAUCGUAAGUUCAGUUCCACAUACCCUCCCAGCUGCACACCUCUCUGUCAACUAACUGGUAAAAGUUCAUCCUUGGUAAAUUCAGGAAUUGAACGGAAUUUGCCAGGAACAUAUUUCUGGUGACAUCUAUACUGAACCGUUUCAGAAGUUUCUUUGAUGUCUAUAUAUCAGAACUAUUCUGUAUUCGUUCAUCUCCUAUUUGCUUUAGAGUUCUUAAUUUAGUCUAAAUUAUUUCAAACGGAAAUGGAAUUUGUUUAAAGAGGAUGACACAACACACAUAUGAUUAUCUAAAUGCAGUUCUAAACUUAAGCUA